AUGUCUAUGCCAAGGAAGGUGCCUUACACGAGGCUGGGGAAUUCUGGCCUGAAAGUGUCCAAAAUCAUACUUGGGACCAUGCAGUACGGCAACAAAGGAUGGCAAGAUUGGGUCCUCGGAGAGGAUGAAGCACUCGAACACAUCAAGGUUGCUUACGAAGCAGGAAUUCAAACUUUUGAUACCGCCGAUACAUAUUCGAACGGUUACUCAGAAGUGAUCCUUGGACGGGUGAUCAAGAAAUUGAAUUUACCCCGCGACGAAAUCGUCGUCAUGACCAAAGUAGUACAUGUAUUCAAUGUGGUCGGACGUGAAUACAAUACCCACCAGCUUGGCGGGCGCAAAGACCCAGAUCAAAAUGGUUAUGUAAAUCAGCAUGGCCUCAGCCGGAAGCACAUCUUCGCAAGCGUGAAAAAGAGUUUGGAGCGGCUUCAAAUGGAUUAUAUCGACGUUCUACAAUGCAUAUUCGACAAUGAAACACCGAUGGAGGAAACGAUGCAAGCAUUGCACGAUGUAGUCCAAGCUGGCUAUGUCCGCUACAUCGGAAUGAGUUCUUGCUGGGCGUACCAGUUCCAAGCUAUGCAGAACUAUGCGAUCACAAACAAGCUCACUCCCUUCAUCUCCAUGCAGAAUCACUAUAGCCUACUCUAUCGCGAGGAGGAGCGCGAGAUGUUCCCUACUCUCAAGAUGUUUGGUGUUGGCUCAAUUCCAUGGUCUCCACUGGCUCGUGGUGCCCUCACACGCCCUCUUGGGCAGCAGACAAGCAGAGGUCAAGCUGAUUGGCAAGUGUUCAUUGGGAAUUAUGCCCAAGCAUCGGUCGAGGAACUUGCUAGAAAGAAAGGUGUAACCAUGGCUCAAAUAGCCAUAGCAUGGAUCUUGACAAAGGAAGGGAUAUCGGCUCCUAUUGUCGGAACCACGAGUAUCGCAAAUCUUAAAGAUAUCAUUGCUGGAAUAGACGUGCAACUUACGGUGGAGGAAAUAAAGUUCCUCGAGGAAGAGUACAAACCGACUGCUGUGAUUGGUCACUUCUGA